AUGGCAGCUUACAGCCCUGCCCUGGGCUUCCCUGAUGUAACAGCUCUGCUCAGGAAGGAGACGGCUUCUGCAGUGAAGUUGCAGCGAAGUUGUUACAGUUCCUCCGGUGCCCGAAAGUGUAACCACUCGGCUCUGCUAGAGGAAGCUGUGAACUGUCCUGCUCCGCUCCGCUCCUCCAUCUCAGCUCUGGUGCCUCAGAUAUGGACACUGGGCAGGAGUCAACCUCUGCGGAGGAGCCAACGGCUGUGGACAAGCAAGCCUCUGAUAACAUCUGAGGAAGCUGUCAAGGUCCGAAAGCCUAAAAAAGCUAUCUCAAAGAAGAAGCAGCAGCUGCCGGAGAAGUCAGAGAAACCAGAGAAGCACCGCCGCUCUCUCCACCUUCUCCAGCGCCAACGCAUGAAGGAAAAAGAGCUUAGAGCAGCCCGUCUCUUCAGACGCCGCUGUAGGAACAGCUUCGCCAUCUACUUUCCCAAGGUGCUAAGACUUGUCCAUGUGGGUCUCACCCUGUCCCAGAGGUCUGUAAGCGUCUUGGAUUCGUUCGUAAAGGAUAUGUUUGAGAGAAUCGCAAUGGAAGCAAGCAAUCUGGCCCGUCUAAACAAUAGCAAGACUAUCAACUCCAGAGAGAUCCAGAGUGCAGUACGCCUUCUUCUUCCGGGAGAGAUGUGCGAUCGAGCAAUAGCUGAAGGUACCAUGGCCAUGCUCCGGUACAUCUCCACCAAGUGA